AUGGGCGACCCCAGCGAAGCAGGAACCGACCACGUCGGGGACAAGUACGAAGUCCCAGCAUUCGAGCCACACUCUUCCUUUGACAGCCUGAAGCAAAGGAUCCGACACCACUACGAGCUCGCCUCAGACUAUUACUACUCGCUAUGGGGCCAACACAUCCACCACGGCUACUUCCUCGACGCCAACGAAACCAAAGAGGCCGCCCAAGUCAACCUGAUCGACCUCCUUCUCGAGAUCUCCCAACUAUCACCAAACUCCACGGUGCUCGACGUCGGCUGCGGCAUAGGCGGGACAACCCGCCACCUCGCCCGCCAAAAGGGAUGCACCGUAACAGGCAUCACCAUCAGCGGACGCCAAGUCCAGAUCGCGAACCGACUCACCGAGGAGGAAACCGCCAAGGAAGGCCCGUCAUCAGAACCAGCGACAUCUUCCACAUCUGACCUCCACCCCGUCGGCAAGCAAGGCGGCAAAGUCCAAUACCUCGAACUCGACGCCGAAACCAUGGACCAGCAUUUCGGCCCCUCAUCCUUCGACGUCGUCUGGAUCUCCGAAGCCCUCUCCCACCUGCCGGACAAGGCUCUCUUUUUCCGCAACGCAGCCCGCGUGCUUGAGCCAGGCGGCAAACUCGUGAUAGCGGACUGGUUCAAGGACGCGGAUCUCACCCGCGACUUACACGAACGGGACAUCAAACCCAUCGAGGACGGCAUGUUGCUCCCACCCUUGUCCAGUAUGGGUGACUAUGUCUCCAUGGCGGAGUCCGCGGGGUUGAAAGUCUUCCAUGCGCCGAAGGACAUCUCGGCCCAAGUCGCCAGGACGUGGGAUAUCAGUUGGCAGUUGGUGAGCAGUCCGAGUUUGUGGGCUUUUGCGAUUAGUCAGGGACGGGAUGGGCUGGCGUUUCUGCAGGCGUUUCGGGCGAUGAGGCGCGGGUAUGCCGACGGGAGCUUUCGGUAUGGGGUGAUGUGCUUUGAGAAGAAGUGA